AGUAUGCACGGCUUCAAACGGCAGUCGUAAGAACUUUACGGGACGCAGAUUCGAGGAGAUGAAGAGUUAUUCCUCGCUGAUAAUAUCAAACGAACAUUCCGACAUUUCUCCCGUAAGACGCGUGAUGCGAAUGACUGAACAAAAAACCAUCGAACCGAGCGCAAUGGGCAAAAAGGUAUCAUACACAGUCUCGAGCGGUAUGAUAAAUCAUGCCUUCGUUGUAGACGAGACUGCUGACUGGCAUAAUAUCGACGGGCCCAUAUCCUCCGCUCAUGAAACUUCCAAAGCGCCGGAGCGACAGCAAUGGGGAAACGACCGGGAAUUUCUGUUAUCCUGCAUCGCUAUGUCGGUCGGUCUCGGAAAUGUCUGGAGGUUCCCGUUUACGGCUUUCGAGAACGGCGGAGGCGCUUUUCUGAUACCGUAUGUCAUUAUCCUGUUCAUCGUAGGAAAGCCGUUUUAUCUGCUGGAGAUGAUCCUCGGCCAGUUCUCCAGUCGUUCAGCCGUGAAAAUUUGGGACCUCGCGCCGGCGUUCAGAGGCGUUGGUGUUGCACAAUUUAUCAUGCUGUUGGGUCUCGCGUCCUAUUAUUGCUCGCUGAUGGCCUUGACGUUGUUCUACUUGGUUGCCAGCUUCCAAGAGGAACUGCCGUGGGGCAGGUGUCGGCAAGAAUGGGGUGAAUUCUGCGUGGACUCAUUGCCGAGGAACAAGAGCGCGUCCAUGAUCGAGAACGUCAGUUAUUCCAGCUCGGCCGAAUUGUACUUCUACAAAGAAGUUCUGCGGGAGAAGAACAACAUCGACGACGGUAUCGGUGCGCCGGACUGGCGUUUGACGAUCGGGCUUUUCGUCAGCUGGCUCACGGUCUUCAUCGUGGUGAUACGCGGCGUGCAGAGCUCCGGCAAGGCAGCCUACUUCUUGGCGAUAUUCCCCUACGUAGUCCUGAUCGUGUUACUCGUGAGGGCCGUCACGUUGGAGGGGUCUGCCGCAGGUAUCCUAUACUUCAUCACUCCGAACUGGGAGCAACUGUUGACGUCAAGCAUCUGGUACAACGCGGUGGCUCAAUGUUUCUUCUCGUUGACCGUCUGCUUCGGUGCGGUCGUCAUGUUCGCCUCCCACAAUAAAUUCAACCACGAUAUCUAUCGGGACGCAAUGAUCGUGACGACUCUGGACACCUUCACCAGCCUGCUGGCGGGCUGCACGAUCUUCGCGAUCUUAGGUAACCUCAGCCACGAGUUGGGCAACGAUAACAUCAGGGCGGUCGUGCGAGGUGGCACCGGGUUGGCGUUUAUCUCGUACCCGGAGACGAUCGCCAAGUUCGCCGUCGCGCCACAGUUUUUCAGCGUCGUGUUUUUCGUGAUGAUAUUCGUCCUGGGAAUUGGCAGCGAGGUCGGCCUCACAUCAGCCAUCAUCGCUAUCGUGCGCGAUCAGUUCCCGAGUGUGAAGUACUGGCAUGCGGCCGUCGCUACCUGCCUCUGCGAGUUCCUUAUUGGUCUCAUAUACGUUACGCCGGGCGGACAGUUCAUGGUGACUUUCGUCGAUUAUUACGUGACAUCGUUUAUCGCCUUUCUGCCGGCUGCUUUCGAAAUGAUCGCCGUCGCAUGGUCGUACGGUCUGGCCAACUUCCUGAACGACGUUGAGUUUAUGUUGCAAAGACGGCUAUCGAUCUUCUGGCGACUCUGCUGGAGCAUCGUCACUCCGGCCAUUAUUCUUAUCAUCUUCAUAUACACAAUCACCGAUCUGGAACCGUUGAAGUACAAUAAAUCCUUCUAUCCUGUAUCGGCUUACAUCAUAGGUUGGAUCUUGUUCUCCGUUGCUGUUCUGCAGAUACCUUUGUGGCUGGUGGUGGCGAUAUUGAGAAAAAGGCACCUUCCUUUCCGAGAAAUGAUCAAGCAAGCCUUACUGCCGCUGAAAUCAUGGGGUCCGAGCGACGCGGAGAAUCGCAAGAAGUGGCUGGUGUUCCGAGAUCACCGCGACACAGAAGAACGAAACAACAACCGGAAUACAGGUCGCAGCUCCUUCCGAGGUUUAUUGCGAGUGAUCCUUAAAGGCUGACCGUCUCAAUGACGGAAUCGCCUGUGCGCGACUCGAGUGUCUCAUGCUCAUCUUUUUCAUUCAGGUUCCUUCAUAUUCCGCACACAAUUCUUAUAAUUUGAUACUAUAAUUUUAAAAAGCGUUGACUGUGCGUUAUUAUGACGCACUCAUUCAAAAUAGUCGGCACUGACAUACCGGUAAUAUUACACGUUUCCCGCAUGUACGUAGCAAUGCAAUCUAGUUGUCCUUGGUACGUAACCGUUUGCUUUCCCGCUUCUCAUUUUUGCCGACCGCAUGCGAUGUAUCGUACAAAACCUUGUCGCCCAACGAUUGUAUAGCGUGAUACAUGUACAGCACGCUGAGCAUAAUAAAGCUGCGUGCAACAUUGUUAUA